UUAUUUCAUCCUUUAUGCUAUAUUAUUAUUUUACCAAUUCAUCCCCCAGUUAUAGAACAAGGGGACUUCUUGCUAGGCCAUCUUCAAUAAGACAAAAAUGCGGGCUGGCUUUGGCUGUUUCUCAACCGCCGUAA